AUGACUGAUGGUAUUAAAAAGAAAAAGGGACAAGUCUGUAACAUAAAGAAGGGUAUCUAUCUGCGGAAACAAGCAAGUUUAUUGAAUGUAUAUGGAAUGAGUCAUUGUAAUGCGGAAAGUACGUCUAUUGAUGUAAAUCAGAAAUUGAACGAAGAUGAUGUCAGCCCGAUGAGCGAUGAAAAAAAUUAUCAAGAGCUGCUAGGAAGAUUAAUGUACCUAAGCGUAUCAACGAGACCCAAUAUUUCAUUUGCACUAAGUUGUUUAUCACAAUUUAGCAAAAAUCCAAGAACCAUGCACAUGAACGCAUUGAAGAGAGAACUCCGAUAUUUGAAAGGGACAAUAAAUUAUCAAAUGGAAUAUGGAAACACAAAUCAGAAGAAAGGAUUAAAGUGCAACACAGAUGUUUCAUGGGACAGAACUACGGAUGCCAAGUCAUGCAGUUGUAUUUUAGUUUGCCGAAAUGGAGAUCUGGUCCAUUGA